GGCUCGUGCUGACAGAGAUGAUCUGCCGCUCCGUGUCGCUGGGCUUUGGGGGCGACUUCUUCCCUUUCGCCAUCAUGAAUAUGGAGUAUCUGCAAGAGAAUGGCAUCCUCAGGCCGCCCAUUGUCAAUAUCGUCGCCCUCACAGCGACCAUCAUGCUGCCUGGCCAUUACUAUUCUGCCGUCACCUUUAUAGCCAUCUACAGCAUUGGCGUGAAGGGAGUGGUGGUGGGGUUAAUGGCAGUGGCUGUACCAACCUUCCUCUCCGCCUUCUCCCUCCUCCCUCUCUGGGACUCCUUACAACGCGACCAGGGCCUAGGGGCUGCAGUGGCUGGAGCUGGGCUAGCUGGAGCUGGAGUGGAGAUCGCUGUUCUGCUGCACCUGCUGCUGCAAGUGGCAACAACAACAGGUCCGCUCGCUGUUGGCAUUCUCACGGCAUCAUUGGUUGCAGCCUUCCAGACUCCAGCGCCAAUAGCUGUGGCAACAGGGUCAGCAUUCGGGCUCAUCCUCUAUCUGGUGGGUGCUUCUCGUCAACCUAUCGUGCUGCUUGUCGCCCCAUCGUGCUCCUCGUCAACCCAUGUUCUUAG